UGGUUGGAUGCUUGAUUUCGAAUUCUAAAUACAAUACAUUCGUUGGUGCCUGUGUCUUCUUAAUUCAAUUGCGUUAAUCCUGGAAUUCCUAAUUCAUACGACAAUUAGAACACUAUAUUGGCGUCGUGAUGGAACCUGCAAUGGAAAAGUUGGAUAUUCAUUCAACUCCUGAAGCUUUUGAGGAUUAUUUGGAAAGGUUCGAAAUUUGGAGCAUGACCAAGAAAGAUGUUAAAGGUGAGAAAAUUGUGGCACAUUUUCUGGCAUUCAUUGGGAGAGAAGCGUACAGCUUAUUAAAAACUUUGGCGUAUCCAGAAAAACCUAUCUCACUCCCUUAUGCAACUCUUAAAGAGCUAUUGUUAAGUCAUGUAAAAUGCACCAGUUUUGAAUGCCGUAAAAGGGCGAAGUUUCAUAAGGUGGUUCGUCAAAAUGACCAAGAGGCUCGGGAAUUCAUCCUUGAAUUACAGAAACAAGCUGCCAAGUGUAAUUUCGGUGAUCAACUUCAUGUGCAACUGAGAGAUCGAUUAAUUGCAGGAAUUAACAUACCGAGUAUGGAAAGAGAGCUGUUAAGAAUGCCAAACUGUUCCCUUCAAGAUGCUAGAACUGCAUGUAUUAACUACGAAGCAGUCAAUGAACUUGAUAUCCAGUCGAUGAAGAUUUCUAAUACUUUGCUUAGUUGUCGUGAUGAACUACAAUCUCAGGGCCAACUAAACUUGCGUUCAUUUAACAGUGAUUCCUAUUCUCGUGUAAAUAUGAAGAGUGUUUCGACAAAGAAUUACAAGGCAAAUCACAAAGGUAAGAUGAAGUUUGGUAAAUGUCUAUCAUGUGGAAAGUUUCAUGCUCGCAAUUCAUGUGUAUUUCGUAAUGCUAAAUGUUUUAAAUGUGGUAAGGUAGGACACAUUCAGUCAGUAUGCAAAGCUACUGUCCAUUUUGCUUCAAGCUGUACUAAAUCUUGUAAUUUAAAUUUCAAUAAUUCGGAUGUUUCUAGUGAUCAUUUAUCUUUGUCUACUAUUUCGAAAGGUAAUGCUCAUAUUCAGAAGCGACUAUAUACAUCGCUUGGUUCAUUUCAUGACUUUAUUUUGGACACAGGCAGUAUAGAGUCCAUUAUUUCAUUCAAGAACUUGAAAGCUUUAGAUCCUAACGUUGUUGUACGACCCACAGAAGUAUCAAUACUGGGGAUUACUGGACACAGACUGCCCAUACGAGGAUGCUGUGAAUUGCUAAUCAGAGAUGAUAAAUCUUCAUACAUACCUUGUGAAUUUUUAGUUAGCGAAACAGGACUGUCAAUAUUGGGUUUAAAGAAUUUGAAAAGGCUUAAGGUGGAGUUGUCCUUCUUAGUUUUUAAAGAAAAUUCUGAUACUUUACUUAAAGAUUUGAUAGCUAUGUGUGCUAAGUGCAGUGGAGGUAUGAAAAUUAAGCCUAUAAAACUUCAAGUACAGGGUGAUCCCGUCUUUCUUAAAAGACGAAUAACUCCUUAUGGUCUUCGAGAAGCAGUACAUAAGACAUUAAACGAUUUGUGUGUGAAAGGCAUAAUUGAACCAAUUCAGUCUUCAGCAUGGGGUACUCCUAUCGUUACGCCACUGAAGUUGGACGGCAAGACCCCUAGAAUUUGUGGUGACUAUAGAUUAACUCUGAAUUCCCGUUUGUUGAAGCAAACGCGCACGACGGUAGAAGCUGAAGAUAUUCUAAAUCGACUUCAUGGUUCUAAAGUGUUCUCGAAAGUUGACCUAAAAGAUGCUUAUCUUCAAAUUCCUUUAGAUGAAUCUUCAUCUAUUUUGACGACAAUUAACACUCCUUUUGGUCUGUUCAAAUACAAUUUCCUUCCAUUUGGUCUAAGUUGUUCUCCAGCCAUAUUUCAGGAAGUUAUGAAUAAAGUAGUUAGUGAUCUUGAAGGUGUUGAAGUUUAUCAAGAUGAUCUCAUUGUCCAUGGCUCUAAUAAGGUAGUUCAUGACCAGAGACUUAUUGCUUUAUUGCGUCGUUUAAUUGAGAAGAAUAUAACAGUGAAUCCAAAUAAGUGUUCAUUUUGUGUAUCUACUUUUGAAUGCCUUGGAUACCCAGUUGAUGGUAAUGGUUUUAGACCAGAUAUGAAACGACUAGCUCCACUGACUAAUGCACCGUCUCCGAAAAAUCUUACAGAAUUACGUUCACUAGUGGGUGCUCUUCAAUACUAUUCCCGUUUUAUUCCUAAUUUUUCUUGUCGUGCAAAUUGUUUAUUUAAUAUUUUAACAUCCAAUUCAUUCAAAUGGAGUGAGGAACAAGAGUUAUGCUUACGAAGUCUGCUGAAGUUUCUUCAAAGUGAUGCUGUUCUUCGAACGUACUCCCCUAAUGUACAUUCUGUGCUUAUUACUGAUGCAUCACCUGUGGGAAUUUGUGCAGUUUUGGAACAGGAAGGUAGACCAGUUAUUUGUGUUUCACGCAAACUUACUGUUACUGAACAAGGUUAUUCACAGACUCAGCGAGAAGCAUUAGCUGUGUUUUGGGCUGUUAAAAGACUUAAUAAAUAUUUAUUCGGAAAGAAAUUCACUAUUGCUACUGAUCAUGAAGCUUUAAAGUUUAUUUAUCAUCCCGAAAAAUCCUUAGCACGUUCCUCAGCAGCUAUGGUUCAGCGAUGGAGUAUUGCUUUGAGUGCAUAUGACUAUACGGUUCAGCACAGAAGUGCCAAACAGAUUCAACAUGUUGAUUACAUUUCUCGACAGUCAUUACAAGAUAAACCUAUUAAUACUUCGGAUUGUUUGUUAGUGCAACCUUUACUAGUGAGACGUUCAGAUCUCAUUAGAGAAACUCGUAGAUAUUUUGGAUGUAUACUCAGUGCUAUAAGGAAAGGUUGGAAUGUUAAUUUGAAACGGAGAUUUCCUAUCUAUUUUUCAAAGCGGGAUGAGUUAUCUACUACUCCUGAUGGUAUUCUGUGUUUAAAUGAUCAUGUUGUCAUUCCUCCUUCAUUGCGUAAAUCUGUUCUUGAAGAUCUUCAUAGUGGUCAUUUAGGUGUUGAGAAAAUGAAAUCCUUGGCAAGGCUCACAUGCUGGUGGCCAGAGAUAAAUGCAGAUAUAUGUCGUACGGCAAACAAUUGUGAGAAAUGUCAUCAGUUGAAAAAUCAUCCUUCGAAGUGGGUGCCAUGGCCAGUAUCGUCUGAGGCCUGGCAGAGGAUUCAUGCUGACUAUUGUGGACCAUUUCUUGGUAAAUACUACGCACUAGUAGUCAUUGAUUCUUUUUCAAAGUGGCCUGAAGUUUUUUUCACAACUUCAUCAAAUUCUGGUUUCACAAUACAAGCAUUAAGAAAGGUGUUUAGUCGAGAAGGUGUUCCCUUGGUGUUGGUGACUGAUAAUGGCUCACAUUUUGCUGCAGAUGCAGUCACUACCUGGUUGAACGGUAUAGGGUGCAAACAUCUAUUUACUGCUCCCAGACAUCCGUGUUCUAAUGGUCAGGCAGAGAAUUUUGUUAGGACAUUAAAGACUGCUAUUGAUUCUAUAGCCCCCUCAACAUUUAAUGAGCUGGAGAGGGGAGUAGAUACCUUUCUACUGCAAUAUAGAAAUACCAAACAUUCGGUGACGAAGGAGACUCCAGCGAAGCUAUUGAAAGGAAGAAUUCUUCGGUCGAAUAUGAGAUGUCUGGAGUCUGCAGAAGUUACAUACUAUCGAGGAAAUGAUCUUCGACCAUCUACGGGUAUUGUUCUGAAGAAUGUCGGAAAAUCGAUGGUGCGAAUUCUAGACAUCAAUGACUUAAGUACACGCAGUCGACAUGUAGAUCAAAUACAAUUUCAGGAACCAGGUGAGUCAGUUCCAAUUUCGAUUGUUAAUUCUAAUGUAAUGAGCAUGUUCUAGAUAAUACAGAAUCCUUAUCCAAUACAAUGUCAGACCGACUCAGGAUGAAUUUGAGGAGAAGACGUACGACUGAUUACAAACACCUAGACUCCAAUUUAAGCUGUGGCGGAUGUGGUGUUUGAAUGAACCAAUGAUACCUUUGUACUGGUUGGAUGCUUGAUUUCGAAUUCUAAAUACAAUACAUUCGUUGGUGCCUGUGUCUUCUUAAUUCAAUUGCGUUAAUCCUGGAAUUCCUAAUUCAUACGACAAUUAGAACACUAUAGGCAUCCGUUUAGAUUGGAAAUAGACACUGCACCUGACGUGACAAUUCUCUCACGAAAAUCUUGGAUCAGAAUGGGCAGACCACACACGGUGCUAACAACACAAAAACCUCGUACUGUAUGCGGUAAUCACCUACGUUUGUUGGGACAACUAGAUUGUACAGUGUCUUUUCACGACUCCACAUUUACCAGGGUAUGUUAUAUAACGCAAGCUGAUCUAAAUUUACUUGGUUUAGAUUGGUUCGACUAGCUAGAAUGGGUGAUCUUAUCCGUAACGCAACCAUCUAAAUUUAAUGCAUCGCACACUGUCGUUUGUGCGUUCAAGUAACCACAGAUUUUGCCAUUUCAUAAUGUAUUUUUAAUUAAAUAACUAGAUUACGUAAUUAAUUUUGAUCUGUUUUUAAUUUUUAUUCGCCACGUCUGACUGCGUUACACUGUAUGCCCAUUGCACGCUGGGAUGAUAUCUCAAGUCAUAGUGAGUUUAUUCACAUAGUUGAUUGUUUCUAGAUAGACUGUCAGUGCAUGAUUUUACUGAAGAAAGGUUUGUUGUAUUGUAAACUACGUUUCUAUGAACAACUGCCUGUUGUCUUCAGUAUGAAAGCAGUAUAUAUGUAUCCUUCUUGUUUUCUUAGGUAAGUUCAAUUGGCCUAUAUUUCCUGUUUUGAUUUUAUCGGCUUAAUUGUGCCCAUUUAACUACUUUGAGCAACAUGUCUUUGCAAGUGAAACAAUAACUAUGACACUUGCUUAGUUUAGUGUUCUUGGUUGUCGUAUAAUUCAGUUUAGUUGAAAGAAUUAUGAUAUACUUAAGUAUAGUGCUUGAAGCCUGUAAUGAAACAGAUCAGUUUAGUAAGUAGAGUUGCCUGUUUCCAAUGUGUAUACGGAUUCAGAUCGGUCUGAUUAAAAAUAGGAAAAAACGUGCCUUUGAUGCUGUUGCUGUCAUACAUUAUAAGAUAGCGAUAAGUAUGUUUGGUGUUUAUUUCUAAACUGUACAUCUAUCACUGACCAUAUUUCAUGAUCACUGUCAUUAAACAAUUUCCCCAGCAAUAACAUCGGUAGCAAGUUAGCUAAGCGUCUGAGCUUUUAGUUGCCCGCAAAACAGCAGUAUACAGUCUUAGAAGAUGAGUGUUUUGUGUCUCAAUUAAAUGCAGCUGGCUGUGGACAAAUGUUAAGAAUCUUUUUGACAACUGGGACUUUUAGUUUAUCAGACACUUACUCUGCUUGUAUGUUUUCCUGUUAAACUAGACGCAGAUGCAUGGGAAUACUUAAAUGGGAGCAAAAUAAUAACAGCAUUGCAAUACGGUACUAAGCCCAUGUUAUGCUUUGCACAAGUAAUAGUAGCUGACCUUAUCUAAUAUUGAUGAACUCAAGGUAAAUCACAACUGCAUAAAUUCUUUGCUAAAACACAUGUGAUUUGGUUAUUUAUAUAUCCCACAUUUCUGACUAAAUUCAUCAAUAUUUUUUCAUUUAGAAUGCAACAGUAGUCAGCCUUCACAGACAUUAAAAACUGUUUCGCCCUUGGAACUGUUUACGGGAGAUCCAACGAACAGCAGAUGAUAAAAAGGAUGCUGGACUUCCAUUUUAGUCUCACAACCACUUCCGGUAUUUUGUGACUUCUUUUACUCUUUCGUUUGGAAAAAAACAACAAAAACUGCAGCUUAACAUUACCAAUACAACUUUUAAACGGGAACUUGGUUUAAACCUUUGUUUGAUAUUCCGUUCUUAAUGAAAGUUCUUGAAUAAAUUUUUGAAUCU